ACGUGGGCGCCCCCGGUUCCGGCGCGCUAGAGGCCCCGGGUGGUGAACGAGGCUCCGGCACCAUGUCUGGUUUCUUUGGCCCACUCUCCCGGCCCGGCCCUCUCCCGUCCGCCUGGCUCUUUCUGUUGCUGCUCGGCCCCAGCUCGGUCCUCGGCAUCUCCUUCCAUCUGCCCGUGAACUCCCGCAAGUGUCUCCGGGAGGAGAUCCACAAGGACCUGCUGGUGACGGGCGCCUACGAGAUCACCGACCAGUCUGGGGGCGCUGGCGGCCUGCGCACCCACCUCAAGAUCACAGAUUCUGCUGGCCAUAUUCUGUAUGCCAAAGAGGAUGCAACUAAGGGGAAGUUUGCCUUUACCACAGAAGACUAUGACAUGUUUGAAGUGUGUUUUGAGAGCAAGGGAACAGGGCGGAUACCUGACCAACUCGUGAUUCUAGACAUGAAGCAUGGAGUAGAGGCAAAAAAUUAUGAAGAGAUUGCAAAAGUCGAGAAACUCAAACCACUGGAGGUGGAGUUACGACGGCUCGAGGACCUUUCAGAGUCCAUUGUUAAUGACUUUGCUUACAUGAAGAAGCGGGAAGAGGAGAUGAGGGACACUAAUGAGUCCACGAACACCCGGGUCCUGUACUUCAGCAUCUUUUCCAUGUUCUGCCUCAUUGGACUAGCCACCUGGCAGGUCUUCUACCUGCGUCGCUUCUUCAAGGCCAAGAAGUUGAUAGAGUAAUGAGGCUCAGUCUUCUGUCCCCUGGAGCCAGCAGAACAUCGCUGGGACGUGCCUGGCCUAGCCCAAGGCCAUUCUAACAGUACCAUCAAGGCACAGCUGAGCUUUCUUGCCAGAACUGAUUCUUUCGGUAUGAGAGCACAUGGGCACCACCUAUACCCAACAAGUCAAUGAGGACUUUAAUGCAGUAGGAUUUGGACUGGUUUUGCAACAAGAUUAUUAAAGUUGCCUAUGGAAAAACAAAACAAAACAACAAACAGGGGUUACCUGGAUAACGCCAAAGCCAGCAUUCGUCCUGGGUCGCCUCACAGGAUCUGUUUAAGCUGUUUGCUUUUUCUCUCCCACUUGCCUUGGUCCUUCACUCUAGUUCUCCUCCCAAGAUUUCUUUGACUGCGGUCAGCUCUUUCAUACCAGUUAUCUCUUUGGUUUCCUUGUGAAAACACCUUGAACUUCUCUUGGUCCUUAGAUGAAAUGUUUACAUAGCUUCUGGUGAUAUCCUUCAUAAUUUUAUGUCUCCUAAAAGGGUCAUGGGUGGGACACAUAAAAAGGUGAGCUUUGAACUGUAGAUAUUCUCUUAAAAGAAAAUCUCAUUUUAGACCAUUAAAAUGUUUGUGCUCAACUGCUUGAAGUCCUUGUGUAGGUGUGUUUAGUUCCUGUCAAUCAUUUCAAGGUAGCGUAGUUCCAUCUCAUGGUCUUCAUUUUGCAGUGUUGUAGCUAGCCACUCCCUUCUUCACCUCCGACUCUGGCGCCCUAAUCUGCUCCCCUGUUCUGAACUCUGUAACUCUGUUAUGUAAGUGGGUCAUCAAGAGUGUAACCUUUGGAGGUUGGCUUUCUCUACUCAGCAUAAUCCCCGUGAGGUGCCCCUCAAAGGCAUUGUACAUCCUGAUUUUCCUCCAGGUUAUGGGUGGUACUGCGUCGUGCUUAAAGGUCUUAUGGGUGGGCCUGGGGAUUGGCCCUUAAUUACUAAAGUUCUUAGGUGAAUGUAAGUUUUCAUCACUCUGGGAUAAAUGCCUAAGAGGGCAACUGCUGUGCUAUGUAGGAAGCACAUAGAGUUCUAAAGGAAGCCUCUCUGCUCUUGUCUAGAGUGGCUGUAUAGCAGGUUACAGCUCUACAUUCUCAUUAGUCUUUAUCAUUGCUAUUUUAACUUCACCCCUUGAGUGGAUGCCUGUAGUAUCUCAUUAUAGUUUUAAUUUGCAUUUUCCUAAUGGCAGAUGAUGUUGAGCAUCCUUUCUCGUUCUUGUCGUUUGCCAUCUGUCUGUCCUUGUCAGUGAGAUGUUCGUUGGUGGCUUUUGCCCAUUUUCUAUGUGGGUCAUUCGUUCACUUCACUGUUGAGUUCUGUGUGGGUUCCUCUAUCAAAUGGGUUGUUGCUUGAACUUUUCAUAUAACUUCUACCAGGAAAAAUGAGUAAAUUUUACCAGCCCUUCAUGCAUGGUCAACCACUGAUCUGACUCCUGUUCUUCAGUGUUAUCUCUGAGCCUUGGAUAUAUGGGCUUUAGCUUGGACAUCUGAGAAAGUCACGGAUAGUAAAUACUUGAAAUAUAUAUGCUGUAAAAUUAAAGCCAAGGUUCAUUCGGUGGAAAUUUUAGGUACCUCAAGGAAGUUCUGGGGAGUGUACCCCAGUUUAGAGUGCCUACCUAACAUACAGAAGGCUCUGGGCCUGAUUGCCAGGGGUGGGGGUGGAGGUAGGAAUAGGUACAAAUGCUUGUAAACAGGAAAAAUACUCAUUUAUCAUCUAACGUCUUUCCCACUUCUCCUGGGAAAGUAGGUAAUCUUUUAACCCUGCUGACCUGUUACAGGGCUUAUCUCAGCUGCAGUUCUGAGAAUUACAGGACGUGCGGUAAAGAAGUAGAAUAUUGAGGUUAUCAGGGAACACCGUUGAGAUGGCCUGGAUGAAGUGUGAAGGAGAAUGGGAAUGAUUUAUGUAGUUAAGUAUCUGGCUGUUCUGUUAAGGUUCCAGCUACUAUAAACUCAAAAGCCUUGUCUUAUGAUGCCCAUAAAUUCCUUUCAUGGCAUCUGGUACAACAGUGCCAUCUGCUGUUGAAAAAUGGUAGGUCUCACUUCUAAGAUCUUAGCAUGCAAGUCCUCACCAUGGCAACAGCAGAUGGUCAGAAAUCUGUAACAUUCAUAUAUCAAGUGAUAGAAGAGCAAUUUAAGUAUGAAAAGAAUAAACCUUUGGGUCAAAAUCCAUCUGUAGACUUUUAAGUGCAAAACUAUAGUCGGUCUGUCCCAUUAACCUAACAAGAGACUCCUAUUUUCUGACAUGUGCCUUCCCCUCUUUAAGGAGCAGUGACAGCCACUCUAUUAGAUUUCUGUUUUCUGUUCUGAAAAAUGUCAGUUUUUCAGAAAGGAGAAAAUAGAGCAUUCUGUCCAUGUUUUUGUUUCCAAGAACAAGUGUACACUUAAGCUUGUAGAACUGAAAUUCUUUCAAGUCCUUUUGAUCAUUUUGAUUCAUGCCAAAACCAACCAAACUGCACUUAGUGCUUUCAUCAGUUCAGUUGAGGAGCAUUUGCCUUUGACAGUAGGCUCCCACAAAAGCAUAUCCGCUUAUAAACAGGUAUAUUAUCUGCUUCCCUCCAUUUUCAGCAUAAUCAAAAUAAUCUGAGAAUAAUACAGUUUCAAUAAGCCUUGUUCCUUGUUAUGAACCCAUCAGAGCCGUCUUCUGUUUGUUAAUGGGAAGAGGCAUGUGGGAUUUAUACGGGCUCACCUGUUGGAGAUGUUUGUGUAAACUUUCACAAAUAAAGGCUAGCAGAAACCA